AUGGCAUCUGUGAAGCGCUCCGUGACCGCGGGGCACGAGACACGUAGGACUCACGCUUCCAUCACCCAAGCCACGUCGCACAGCGUCUACCAUGAGGAGAACGGCGAAACACAACCCCUCCUGAGGCCACCCGGCUUCGAGGUCAAAUCCUCGGGAGUCGCCCGGAUCGAAAUUAUCAACGCAUCCCUGACCCGCCGCGACCGAAUCUGGAUAUUCGUCGGGGUCUUCCUCGUCGGCUACGCUUACGGCCUCGAUAGCCAGGUCCGUGCAACUUAUCAAUCUUAUGCGACCUCGAGUUUCGGAGAACACUCAUUAUUGGCGACCGUGAAUGUCGUCCGAAGCGUGAUCGCUGCUGCGGCACAGCCGGCCGCGGCAAGAAUAGCGGAUGUUUUCGGGCGGUUCGAGCUGGUGGCGAUUGCCAUGGUUUUAUACCUGGUAGGCACGACGAUCGAAAGUACCGCCUCGUCGAUCCAGGUCUUCUCGGUCGGAACCGUUCUAUAUCAGCUGGGCUACACAGGGAUAGUCCUUCUGGUGGAAAUCAUCGUUGCAGAUAUCACCUCCAUGAGGUCGCGAGUUUUCUUCAGCUACCUUCCGGCUACGCCGUUCCUGAUCAACACAUGGAUCAGCGGUAAUAUCACUGCAGCUGUUUUGGAGAAGGCUGGCUGGCGCUGGGGAAUUGGCAUGUGGUGUAUCAUCUACUCAGUUUGCUCCAUACCUCUGCUAUGGAUGUUGUUCUACACCAGUCGCCGCGUCCAGAAAUCCGGGGCCUUGGCGAAUCACCCAAGUGCUUUGCGCUCUCUAGGAGCUCAACGCCUGGCAACAAACCUGUUCCACCAGCUUGAUGUGAUCGGGAUCGUCUUGAUGAUCGCCAUCUUUGGGUUCAUCCUUGCCCCUUUAACCAUUGCCGGCGGCGCGCAGUCACAAUGGAAGUCACCUUCCAUCACCCUGCCUCUGGCCUUCGGCGUGUUAUGUAUUCCGGCCUUCAUCUUUUGGGAAAUGAAAGGAGCGAGAGAACCUCUCGCGCCCUUCCAUCUUCUCAAGGAUCGUGGCAUAUGGAGUGCACUUGCCAUUCGGUGCCUGCUCAAUUUCUCGUGGUACCUACAAGCGGACUAUCUCUACACGGUCCUCAUUGUUGCGUUUGACUUCUCGGUAGCCUCUGCGACCCGGAUUCAGUCCUUCUACUCGUUCUUCGGCCUCAUCAGUGGCCUGAUCACGGGGGCCAUCAUUUACCGAAUCCGAAGGUUGAAGUAUUUUAUUGUGGUGGGCACUUGUCUCUUCAUGAUCGCUUAUGGGCUAGUCAUAUAUUUCCGAGGCGGUGCCUCUCAAGGCUCCAAAGCAGGAGUGAUCACGUCGCAGAUCCUGCUCGUGCAAGCCGCCACGAAGCAUGAACAUAUGGCGGUACUGACGGGGAUCUACCUCGGCUCCUACAAUGUGGGUAGCGCCCUCGGGACCUGCGCAUCUGGCGCUAUAUGGACGCAGACUCUCUACAAAUCACUCGCCACGAACCUCGCCUUCCAGCCAAACUCCACUCUCGCGCGUGCGGUAUAUGAUUCGCCGUUUGAAGUAGUUCCCAACUAUCCCGUCGGGACCCCCGAGAGGUCCGCCAUUAUCCUCAGCUAUCGGACGGUGCAGAGGCUUCUCUGUAUCACCGGCAUCUGCAUUGCUGCGCCCAUGAUCCUCCUGGCGUUCAUCUUACGAAAUCCCCGACUCUCUAAAGAACAAAGUCAGCCCGAAGCUGAGAUUGACGAGUAUGAUGGCAUUUAG